UCAUAUAUAAAUUCCCAGAAAAAGAAACACAAUAGCAACAGUCACAAAUAACCAGUCUUCAGAUUGAAUCAAUGACCAAUUGGAUUGGCUCUCAUUGAGCCAUUAACACUUCUGGGUUCCCUAAUUCCGUAUCAACUUAACCCAAAGAUUCUUGCUUUUCUCACUUCUCUAUCAAAUUGGGCACCCAAGAUUCUUAACGAUGCGGUUCAAGAUGUGCAAUUUGUUCAAUUGGGUAGUGAUUAUGGCUGCGUUUCUGGUUCUGGGUUCGAUCAAUGUCUACGCAUUUGGUUCUCCUUCUUCUUCUUCUGCAGAGACCACCAUGCACACUAACAAUUGGGCUGUUCUGGUCUGCACCUCUCGCUUCUGGUUUAAUUAUCGACACAUGGCCAAUACUUUAUCCCUGUACAGGACGGUUAAGCGACUUGGAAUACCUGAUGAGAGGAUAAUACUUAUGCUGGCAGAUGACAUGGCCUGUAAUGCUAGAAACAAGUACCCUGCCCAAGUUUUUAAUAAUGAAAACCACAGACUCAACUUGUAUGGAGAUAAUGUUGAGGUAGAUUAUCGAGGUUAUGAAGUGACGGUUGAAAAUUUUUUACGUGUAUUGACUGGGCGCCAUGAGACUGCUGUUCCAAGAUCUAAGCGUCUUUUAAGUGAUGAAGGAAGCCACAUUCUUUUGUAUAUGACCGGACAUGGAGGAGAUGAGUUUUUAAAAUUUCAAGACUCAGAAGAGCUCCAGAGUCAUGAUUUAGCUGAUGCAGUGAAGCAAAUGAAAGAAAAGCGUAGGUUCAAGGAGCUGCUGAUAAUGGUGGACACUUGCCAAGCUGCCACUCUCUUCUCUCAGCUUCAGUCACCUGGUGUUUUGGCUAUUGGAAGUAGCAUGAAAGGAGAAAAUUCAUACUCGCAUCACUUGGACUCUGAUGUUGGUGUCUCUGUUGUGGAUCGUUUUACAUUUUACACUCUUGCAUUCUUUGAGAGGCUAAAUAUGUAUGACAAUGCUUCCGUGAGCAGCCUUUUUAAUUCAUAUCACCCAAGCUUGUUGAUGUCAACUGCAUAUCACCGGACAGAUCUGUACCAGCGUCGCCUUGAAGAGGUACCUGUGACAAACUUCUUUGGAUCAGUCAUGGAAACAAUACAUACUGAUUCAGCUUAUAAAGCCCUUUCAAGGAAAAGUUACAGCAGAGCUGAAAUAAAUUCGCUCUUUGAUCAAUCAGCCAAUGGUGAUAAGAGAACUUUGGCAGAUUCAAAUGGUCAGGAUCAAUUCAGUGACCUCAAAAACGAGGAUCAACAAGGCGCUUUCAGACAUUUGUGGAAUACUUUCAAUGACAAGGUCGGAAAAAUUGAAGAUGUGGAUUCAUUUGUGCGGUACGGUUUGCUAGCCAUGGUUCCACUAUUGCUACUUCCCACAUUGUUAUCGUGGUGAAAGUUUGGGUGUAUUUGCAAUUACUGUUCCCACUUUGAGAAGCGAGAGAGAGAGAGAGAGUAUUUGUUGAUAAGUUAAAUGAUGAUGUAUUUUUUGCUUAUCUUUACUGAUUCUUUGGAUUCAAGCCAUCCAGCGCAAGGUGACUGGAUAAUGGCAAAAUGAGGUUAAAUUAGGAUAGGUCCACGAGUUCGAUCCCUUUCAAUGUAACAUUGUGUUCUUAUUAAAAACAGUGAUAAUGUGAUAUGAUAUCUUAGUUGUGCAGCA